AUGCAUGAUGCCGAGGCCGCGCGCCGCGCUCUAUCAAGCUGCCGUGAGGAAGUGUUCCUGACAUCUCGUGUAACGCACGUAGUGUGUGCGGAGAAGGCGCGAUGCGCGCGUGAGUGUCGCUCCCGCGCCGAUGCCAUGCUGCAGCGCCUGCGGGCUCGGACAACACACACAUACGUUCAACUCACCGUACAGAAAGCUAUAAGUCUAUUGGAUAAACUGUAUGACACAUUCUUCACGGCACCACAUAAAGCGCAUGUCAACCUCUUCAGUAAACAUUUUAUCAAGAUUGAAUUUUUGGACAAACUAUGGAGGCCAGUUUUCAAGGAGUUUGAUGAAUGGCCGCUUAUAUCAUUAGAACCUGAUCCACCGAAGGAGAAGGUAGUUAAAAAAGAAUCUCCGGAACAGCAAGUAAACGCAAUUCCAUCCAAUAACAACACCAUAUCAAAAAUGACAAGGAAGAGUCGGCCUCGCAUUAAAGAAAAAGAGGAUAAGGAACAGAAGGGGGGCUACUGUGAGAUGUGUAACACUGAUUACAUCGACGCGGCGCUCCACCGACGUUCCCCACAUCAUCUGGCUUUUGUCCGAGACCACACAAACUUCCUGGCACUAGAUUCUCUCAUUACUUCGGGAGCUGAUGUCAGUACAUUCUUAGAUAAAGCCACCCCAGUGAAUGGAGAGCGAAGAUCACUUCGGAAAAUAUGUAAUGGCGAUACAGAACCAAAAGGAAAGAGAUCAAAACUCUCCCAAUCCCCAGACCUUAACGGUCACGCUAGUCCGAGACGUAAUGGAGGUUUGGAAGAUGAAAGAAAACAUAACACCAGAUGUAGUAAGCGGACGAGCGAUUCCCAAACUUCUGAAGAUCGUCAGUAUUAUAAGGUGGUCGGUGUGAGCACUAAACUGCGCUCGAGUGGUGGAUUUGUAAAGAAAAAGGAAUCUCCACCAACUUGUAACGGAGCCAAACCACUUGUUGUUAAGUUUCGCAAAGUAAGACGUUCAGAGUUAUCGGUGUUGAGUGAUGAAGCAGAGCAGUUCAUGUUUCCCAAACGUGCUAGUUCAACUAGCUCAUCGUCUUCCGAGGAUGAGGAGACUGUAGAGCUUCCUUUAUCCAGGAGAAAAACACCUCCACAGCCCCCACCGCUUCUUGAACGUCAACGCCUCGCUAGACCGAUUGCUCUUAAAGAAGAGUCCUCAGAAGAAGACAGUUGGCCUGAAGAUAAGAGGAGACGUAAAAGACGAGGGCCAACCGUCGUUAAACGGGUACGGAAAUCUGUGGCAAAAACUACUGUAGUGGAGCCUCCAGUGAAAGUCCCUGAAUGUCCUCCAGAAAAAUUAGAAGAAUCACCGAAGCCAGAAGUUAGUCCUUUAAGAGAAGAACCCUCAGAGAAAUGUUUAAAGUGGGAGGACGGCAGACUGAAGUAUACACCAGCUGUUGAACAGUUAGAAUUUGCAUUUGAAUCAGUUCCUCGGAGUGAGCCCUGGUUUGAAACUUUUAAGCGACAAGAUCAGGACAAACUAGUGACGAAAAAUGUGCCACAGUAUUUUGAAUUGUACUCUAAGUCACCAAAGUUACCAUAUGAAAUCAGUCAGUUACCACCAUUGAAACCAAAUUGUUGUCCACUGAGCGAUCUCGUCAAACGGGAAGAAAAACCUGGUCCUUCACGAUCUUAUGGUACAAGAGGGAUGAAGAAGCAGAAAAUAAGGAAACGGACAGCAGCCCUCAUCGCACUGGAAGGUCACUCUAGAAAAUCACCCAGGGAACAUGCAUCUACCUUAGCUAUACUAGGGUCUGCAGGGUUACUACACCGACGGAAACAUAAUGAAGAUACAAAAUCAACAGCAUCCGAAGAUACAGUCAGUGACACUCACAGUAACCCCAAGGUCGAGUCAGUAUUAUCAGAAACACAGGAAGCUUCUGAACGACUGCAGCAAUUUUUGUCUGAAGUAUUUGAAGAACCUACAGAUUACGAUAUCUAUGACCAAUUAAUGGGAGAUGAGACAUCUGUAAUCGCUUCCAAAAACAUACCCGAUGUGUCAAGUUUAGUUUCAGAGUGUGAAGGUUGUGACAUUAUUAGGAAAGAAAUCUCUCAAGGUAGCUCGGGACGUUUGCGAGGAAAAAGGGGGAAAUUCAAAAAGAAGAACAAAACAGGUUGGCCGAGUAAGAGAAAACAGACAAAGAAAGACCCGAGAACAAACAGUGUGGAGCAAGAACCGAAGGAAGGAAGUAGCAGGGAGAGGUCUUCAGCAGAGUCACCCGACGAUGAUACGUCCCAGGAUACAAUAAGUGAAGAAGAUCGAACAUUAGAAGACACGGACAAAGAUAAGACCUUGGUACAAGAUAAGUUAAAAUCAGACGAGAUUCAACAUGAACCUCCCAAGAAAGACAUAGAUAAAACACUAUCUGAAAAAAUAAAAGAUAUUGUCGACAAGUUGGAAGCCGAACAAGAGGAAAAGGAACCUGUCAAAGAACAAUUACAGUUAGAUCUAAAAGUGGUAGUUCAGGAUAAGAUAAACGAAAAGUCUACAAAGUGCAGCAGUGAGAAAGAUAAAGAUAUCAACUCUUCAAUGUCCGAUGAUGAUAAAGAUGAUAAGGCGAAGAAGAGGAAGAAGACGUUGCAAAGCUUACUCCUGCAGCCCAUAGUGCGUGUGGCGCGCGUGGACCCUACUGUAGGGCGGCGGCUACGGUCAGCGGCAAGACCUAGAUGUAGUCGCUACAGAUAA